CCAUACCCGCCUUUCCGAAUUUGCCCAUGUCACGCUCAAAUGAUUGUGCCAGCUAUCAUUUGAGUGGUCUAAAUCAGAGUCAUUUUGGUCUGUGCAUGUGUGUGUGUGUGUCCUGCAUUUGGCAAGCCCCUCUUACGGUUCAGCUUAACCGUAAUGGAGAUUUUAAGAGGUGUGGUCAAUUGAGAAGAGAGGAAGGGAGGGGGAGGGAUGGUAAAGCAAUUCAUGGUGAUGGAUGCGUGGAUGAGAGAAGCUGAAGAAGCUUCAGAGUUGAUGGAAGAGCUGGAGAGCAAGGUCAGGAACAAGAAUCCUCAGGAGAUGUGCAGGCUCAGUAACGCCACUAAAUCCAAACUCCUUGAGCUUGGCACGAAGCUUGAUCGCCUUGAGUCUCUCCUUCACAAUCCACCCUCAAAACCCGUCUUAACUGAUGAAGAUUUAGGUUGGCGAUGGAAAAUGCUGUUGAAUAUUCAGCUGCGAACAAGAGAAGUGGCCGUCAGUCUCCUCAUGCCAGCAUCUCCAAGCAGGCCUGGAGAUUUACAUUCUGCAGACUCCAAAGAAACCAGUCAAUCUACCAGCCUUUACAAUCAAGAUGAGAUGGCAGCCUCAUUUUCGAAAGAUGACCCAGAGAUGCUAAGGCCUCUUUUGUCGGAUAAUGCAUCUCAAAUUCAUAAGCAGGUCUCUUUCACUGCGAAGAGUUGGCUGUGGAAAGCUUGUUGGAUCAUAUGUUCCAUACUUGGAGCAACCGCACUUCUCUUAACAUUGUUUGUUGUCUGUGCAAUAAUAUGAGAUACCAUCAACAAUUCAAUACACCUGGAAUUCGUCAUUAAAACGGAUUUCCUUAAUGCUGAUGCUGCAGCGCAGUGGGUAAUUUGUGAUCUUGGAAGGUAAAAGUAAAUGGAAUAGACCUAGACGACAUUAGGAAAGAAAACAAAAGACCAUGGUAAAAUCAUAUGUGAUGUACUGUCACAUCAUCUACUUUGGAGACACCAAGGGAUGAUAUCAAUGAGAGGUCGAUUCUAGUAUGAACAAAGUACUCUUGUCUCUUGUUGACAAUUUUGCGAGUGAUUCUCUCUUUAUUAUUAAGUUCAUUGAUCAGCAAAAAGGCGGUGUCUUCUAUGUAUUGGUUAACGAAAUAUUAAAGUAGGAGAUCAUUGGAUCCAAUCAUCAAGCGGUCUGCCAUUUGCAUUG